AUGGAGCUUUUAGAAGUACCACCUCAAGUUUCCGCACGUGCAUCAACCAGCUAUCCAGCAUCAGAGUACUCCAGUAAUCAUUACACCGCGUCACAGUUAGGGGAGCGAUCAGAGCUAGGGGAAGAACAGAUUGAAGACUAUCCUGCACUUCGACCAUUGUCCCCGCCUCUGUCCCCGCCGUUGUCCCCAACACACGGGUCGGAUAAUUUUAAACAAUCAAGAAAGGAGUGGAAUGAUAAGAAGAAACAAAAGCGAAAGGAGCAGCUGGAAAAGGCCAGAAGAGUAGUGCUGAGUAGCAGCGAUUGUACUGAAUUCAAGGCAGCUGUCAAUGAUUGGUUCGCUAAUAAAAGGCCUCCACAGUUUCCUGGAGUGUUGUUUAUUCUCCUUGAUAAGCUGAGUGAAGCACGGAAUAAAUGGCUCCAGGAGAAUCAGAAUGAAAUACCCGAAAUAUUAGUUGAAGCUUGGAUUUCUCCCAAGCCAAGUGAAGCUCCUUCUUACCAGAACACUAGUGGCAUUGGGUUAUGGAAAUGGCUAUAUGAAGCUCAUGAUUCUAAGCCAACAAAGGCAAAAGACAAUAAGCUUAUAUUGAUAUCUCUAACCGGAUUGACCUCGGAAGUCAUGAAGGCCCUGCUCAUUCACUACGAGAUCAAGGUCAAAUCUCUUUAUGAGAUGAUAUACGUAGAUAGUUUCAUGGCCCACCUCCAGCCAGCCUCUGAAAAUGGUAACCCCAGUAAUCUUCAGGAUAUCGUCUAUAUUUUAGUGCUUAUGAUUGUCCUAAUCCUAGUAUUCGCUCUCUCCUUUGAUUUCGUUCGCCUAGUUGCGAUCGGUAAUGAGCGCCGCUUUCACACACAAGCCUUUACAGAACUUGAAAAUUCGAGGAGAAAUCAAAUUUUAUCUUGGAAAUGGAAUUCUGUGGGAUCAAAUGUAAAGGACAGCGACCGAGCUUUUGGCAUAGCACGUGCAGUGGUAUGGAUAAAUAGAGACCGAAGGACAGGGAAGACUAUUGCUAUCUUCUAUACGGAGCCAAAGAUGUCAAAGAAAAUACGACUGCAUAACGUGGCACAAUGGAGCAUGAGUAGGUUUUGUGAUGAUCCACACCUGCGGACUAGAUCGUCAUUUCCUAUUGAAUUUCCUGAGGGCGGAGAGCCAUCCGAAGAAAUAUUCAACUUUUUGGCACGAUAUAUCAAAGAAGCAUUCAGGUGGAAUAGAGUACUAUCUCUGCAUCAUCAAAAGAUUGCGGCUCUGGAAGAUGAGGCAUUCCAUAUGCCCAUGCUAGAGACCACGAAAGACCUAUAUCGCCAAAAGUCCAUAUUGGAUACACAUCUUACACUACUUAGUCUUCAGAAGACGAUGGUAUCAGCACUCCGUAAUCGGCAAGUCAGUGAAGCAAUGUUCUGGCCUCAGAAUGCGAUGCUUUUGUUUGGGGAUAUUGAGGAUGGAUUAGGUGAGAAGAUUAUUGAGUUUGAGAGGAUGAGAAAGCAGUGUGAUGAUAUUCAUAAUCUUAUAUUCAAUAUUAUCUCGAUUGAGGAAAGUAGAGCGGCUGUAGACCAGGGACGAAGUGUUGGCCGAUUGACAUGGCUCACCUUUAUAUUUCUCCCACUAUCUUUUGGCGCUUCCAUACUUGGAAUGAAUGUAUUCCAACUGAACAGUCCAGGCCUUUGGCUUUAUUUUGCCCUUACAAUACCACUAUUUCUCUUUGUUACCGGAGGUAUUGUGGUAUUAAAGGCUACUGUCCUCUACGGUCAAAGUGGGCAAAAUGAACAGAUGGGAUUUGUCCAGUGGCUAAUCGCAGGCCGCCCAAUGCGGUCACAACUGAACCGGGCAGACCUUGAGAGGGGUAACCUUAACGAUAAGCUUUCCGCUCGGUUGGGAAAUAAUCGAGGGAGAGGGGAGGGUAAGAACGGGAUAAACCAUCUGAGAGAACCGAGAGAACCGAGAGAACCAGUGAAUGAUAGGGUUGAGAAGGAGGAUUGA